GCGGUCCUAAUAGUAUGUCGCUGCAUCCGGAAGGUUAGGUUGUUAUAAUAGUUUAGCCGGAAAGCAUGUCUUCGGUGUUAGGUCGGCAAAUGGUGUUCGUGACAGGGAAUGUCAAAAAACUCGAGGAGGUUGUUCAAAUUCUCGGUGACAAAUUUCCAUGUAAGCUUGUGCACAGGAAGAUAGAUUUACCAGAAUACCAAGGGGAGCCUGAUCAGAUUGUAGUCCAGAAAUGCCAAGAGGCAGCACGGCAAAUUCAGGGCCCUGUUAUAGUAGAAGAUGUCUGUCUGUGUUUCAACGCUCUUGGUGGCCUUCCAGGACCAUACAUCAAAUGGUUUCUUGACAAGUUAAAACCAGAAGGAUUGUACAGAUUACUAGCUGGGUUUGAAGAUAAGUCUGCUUAUGCACUUGCAACCUUUGGAUUCAGUACUGGAAACCCUGAUGAUCCUGUCCAGCUGUUUCAAGGCAAAACACAUGGCCAUAUUGUAGAACCCAGAGGGCCUAGAGAUUUUGGAUGGGAUCCAUGUUUUCAACCAGAUGGCUUCAACCAAACAUAUGCAGAGAUGCCAAAGGAAGUGAAAAACUCCAUAUCUCAUCGAUACAGAGCCUUAAAGAACAUGGCUGAUUACUUUAAUGAGAAGGCUGACAUGAACUUCAGUGAGAAUUGAGAUGAAAUGUAUUUAUUUAGGUGAAUAAAAUAUUGAGAAAAAUGUG